GGGCUCAGUUGCUUAGGAGAUGCUUUGCUGAGCGGUCAGAACCUGCGCCUCAGACUGGCCGUUCCAACCAGCCGCGUUUAGUGCCAUAACGUCCAGAUACUCGUCGCCAUAGCCACCGGUUCUCAGCUUUACUGGCUUUGCUGGUGUGCAGUUUUGCUUGAUUUAUUGUUUUGUUUUUUCUUGCUUCUGAUUGCCGUAUGCGGAGUGUUCGAUGCACUCCAAUAACGUCGAAUCACAUACGAAUUUCCUUAUCAAAGGCUGGGAAAGGGUCGUGUUCCAGUCAACUAAGAUGCCACUGACUUUGCCCCUGCUAAUCGGGACCUUCCUGCUCGUCAGCUGCUCAUCCGCUGAUGCAGCCGGAAAAGUGGGUGAGGCCUGUAAGGUGACGGACUCGAUGCCAGGAAUGUGCCGCAGCGCCUCCGACUGUGAGCCGCUGAUCGACGGCUACAUCAAGUCGGGAGUCCUAACGCUGAACGAGGUGCCCAGCUGUGGCCUCGGUGCUUGGGGCGAGAUCUUCUGCUGUCCCACCACGCCGUGCUGUGGUAACAGUACAAGGACAAGUGUGCCCACCAGGACCAUCGCACGCACUCCGGCGGGCGGGGCAGUCCAAACCAUAGGGCGUGUGGAUGUGCCCACGGAAGGCGGUGAUCGGCCCGCAGUGGCAGCCUGCAAGAAGAUUCGGGAACAGAAAGAGAAGAAGCUCGGCAAUCAGCUGGUUAUCCACAUUGUGGGUGGUUACCCCGUGGACCCUGGGGUCUAUCCCCACAUGGCGGCCAUCGGUUACAUCACCUUCGGGACCGAUUUUCGGUGCGGCGGAUCGCUGAUCGCCAGUCGAUUCGUCCUCACCGCCGCCCAUUGUGUCAACAACGAUGCCAAUACGCCGGCCUUCGUCCGCUUGGGAGCGGUGAACAUUGAGAAUCCCGACAAGAACUACCAGGACAUCGUUGUGCGGAGCGUGAAGAUCCAUCCGCAAUACGUGGGCAACAAGUACAACGACAUCGCCGUUUUGGAGCUGGAACGGGACGUGGUCGAGACGAACAACAUCCGUCCCGCUUGUCUUCACACGGAACCCGUCGAUCCGCCCUCGAACGCCAAGCUGUUCGUCGCCGGCUGGGGAGUCCUCAACGUAACCACUCGGGCGCGUUCCAAGAUCCUGCUGCGCGCUGGUCUGGAGCUGGUGACCCUGGACCAGUGCAACAUAUCCUAUGCCGAGCAGCCGGGAUCCAUUCGGGUGCUGAAGCAGGGCGUGAUCGACUCCCUGAUGUGCGCCAUAGACCAAAGGCAGAUAGCCGACGCCUGCCACGGCGACUCAGGGGGUCCGCUCAUCCACGAACUCAACGUCGAGGACGGCCUGUACACGAUCGUGGGCGUCAUCUCGUCGGGAUUCGGCUGCGCCACCGUUACGCCGGGUCUCUACACGCGGGUGUCCUCCUAUCUGGACUUCAUCGAGAGCAUCGUUUGGCCGGACAAUCGGGUGUGACGUGAUCGCAGAUCAGGAUGGCCUGGGCAACUUAGACCCUAACUUGGUUAGGGUUAAGAGCUAGAUCCACCAAAUUGGCAUACACACGUCUGUGAUCUCCAAGAGCACUGCGAUCCAAUCAAUUCAAUACCAAUAAAAUAUAUUAAGUUAAGAUAACGAAA